GCGUGGCUUAGGCUGCGGGGCUAGGUGGCUGGGGGCCUCGGUGCUGGGACCCGUGACACUUCUCACGCUUUCCAGGGGCGGGAGGGACAGCCAUGCUCUUGUCGGGGGGUAAACCCCCAGCGCAGGAAUGGUUCAUGGUGCAGACAAAAUCGAAGCCCCGGGUACACCGGCAGCGGCUGCAAGUCCAGCGCAUCUUCAGGGUCAAGGUGACCGCUUUCCAGAGCCGUCCCGACACCCCUUACUUUUGGCUGCAGCUGGAGGGGCCCCGGGAAAAUACGGGCAAAGCCAAGGAAUAUCUGAAAGGUCUGUGCAACCCAGAGCUGUGGAAGGAGGUUCGCUACCCGCCAGUCCUGCACUGUGCCUUCCUUGGGGCACAAGGCUUGUUCCUGGACUGCCUCUGCUGGAGUACCCUGGCCUACCUGGUGCCUGGUCCCCCUGGCUCCUUAAUGGUGGGUGGGCUGACGGAGUCUUUUACCAUGACACAGAACUGGCUGGAGGAGCUGGUAGCACGGCUGCGCUGGGGCCCUGCCCCAAUGAUCACCCCCAGAGGGGUUUGGGAGACAGAGGUGACCCGGGCUUUUGGGGCUCUGGUGUGGAUCCGUUGUGACCAGUAUGCAAGAGACCUGCUGCAGCUUCCUCCAGCAGUCCAGGAGCUGCUUCUCAGCCUGGUCCGAGAUGCUGCUGGCAAGGAAGACAUCAUUGAGUGGCUCGGCCAUUUCGGCAUCUCUGGCAUUUACCCUAAACCACCAGACUUCCUGAUCUGCCCUGCCCUGCAGAAGAAGGAAGGCUCAUCCCUGGUAACCAUAGGAGAGAGCCCUGUACCCCUCCAAGAGAUAGGAACCUUGAAUCGGGCUUCAGAAAAUUCGAAGAAAUUAACAGGUUUGGGAGCAGCUGGGUCCGUGGUCCCAGCUCAGAGCACUCCGCAAGACACGGCACAGCAGCUAGUACGGGACGGGUCCAACAAGCAAGGUGAUGAUAGGAACAGUGCCGGAGAGGAAGGGGCCACUGCACAAGACAGUGCCGGGGAGGAAGGGGCCACUGCACAAGACACCAGCAGCCAGGACUCUGCGAACCAUACACAAGCCGUCUUGCAGCAAAAGCAGGGACAGAAGACGGAAAACAGAAUCUCAUUGCAGUCGCCAGCUCUGAGCGUGUGCCCAUCCUGGAAGGCCUGGGCCCCAGGGCCAGCCUUUGGGCCCUCGUGGCCGGGGACCAUUGCUGCCACCUUCUGGAAGAUCAAUGAACUGCAGUCUCUUCACCUGGUCUGGCUCCUGUCCCAGGCUUGCUUCAAUUUCCCCUUCUGGCAGAGGCCCGUGGGCCCCAUCCAGCUGAGGCUGCCAGGACAGAAUCCUUUGCCCUUAAAGCUGGAAUGGAAGCAGAAAGAGCUGGUUCCUCUGCCCACUGCAGAAAGCCCAGCUUGUCGACCAGAUGGGGACCUAGGAAGGGAGGCAGCCCUAAAGCAUAGCCUGAGGCCAGAGACCCCCACCAAAAUCGUCAGUUUAUCAGUGGUGCCAGGAGAUUGUGGCAUCAAAGAGAAGGUUAGCCCAGGACUUUCGCAAGUAGGGCCAUCUUCCACCUCUGUACCCCAGGCUGGAGUUGAGCUGGGAGAUGAAGGAAGGCCAUUGUCAGACUGUAAGGGCCUGGAAAAGCUGUCCUCUUCGGCACUGUCCACAGAGCAAGGGGGACCCAGGAUUCAAGAGAAGCCAAUGGCUCAAGCCGGGAUGACAGGUCAGUCAGUACCUGACACUCCAACAAUGUCUGAAGCUCUCGAAGUGACCACAGCUGCCGCAGUGUCCAAAGUUGAACGCACACCCACUGAGGGGCUGCCUGCAACUCCCAAAGUGCCUACAGCCCUGAAGAAGCCUGCAGCGUACGCAGAGCCUACAGCUCCCCAAGUGCCUUCGGCUCCGACAGAGCCAGCAGCUCCUGUGGUGUCCACAGUCCCAAAAGCAGCUGCCACCCCCACCACCCCCCAAACUCCCACAGCUCAGAAAACGCCUUCAGUGAAAACCCCCGCAGGCCCCCAGACCCCCAAAGUUCAAACUGGGAUCAUUGCUAAAGCAGAGUCUACAGCCCCCAAAGCGCCUGCUCAGGCGUCUGCCAUUGCAGGGCCAACCGUGGAUGUAACCAAACUCCUGAGUGAGGAGGUUCAGGCCUCAAAGUGUAGAGCCACCAUGCUGAAGGGCCAGGGAAAGCCUGGGAGGCAGGGUCUCCAGUCCAGUAGCACCAUGGCCUCCAGAAGUAAGCAUCAGUUCCUGAAGGAAGGACUUCUUGGGGCUUGGGAUGGGACCCAGAGGCUGUCACCUCACUCCCAGGGCACCAGCAUAGUGACCAGCUUCCAGAGGUUCAACGAGGCCUUGAACACACCCUUCGAGAUGAACUUGUCUGAGGAGCCUGGGAACCCAGGGCUGAGGAGAGUGGUCAUCGAUGGCAGCAGUGUGGCCAUGGUACACGGCCUACAGCACUUCUUCUCAUGCCGAGGCAUCGCCAUGGCAGUACAGUACUUCUGGAACCGUGGACACCGAGAGAUCACUGUGUUCGUGCCCACCUGGCAGCUGAAGAAGAACCGGAGGGUGAGAGAGAGCCACUUUCUGACGAAGCUGCACAGACUCAAGAUGCUGUCUAUCACUCCUUCCCAGCUGGAGAACGGCAAGAAGAUCACCACUUACGAUUACAGGUUCAUGGUAAAGCUGGCAGAGGAGACCGAUGGGGUCAUUGUCACUAAUGAGCAGAUUCACAUCCUAAUGAAUAAUUCCAAGAAACUGAUGGUCAAAGAUCGCCUGCUACCCUUCACCUUUGCUGGGAGUCUCUUCAUGGUACCAGAUGACCCCCUGGGCCGUGACGGCCCCACCUUGGAGGAAUUUCUGAAGAAGCCAAACAGGUUGGACAUGGACAUUGGCAAUUUCUUAAAGGUGUGGAAGACCCUUCCUCCCAGCUCAGCCAGCAUCUCUGAGCUGGGUGACGCUGCUGAUGCUGAACCUUUGGAGGGUCCCCAGAACAUAGAAGAAGGGGAGAAGGGGGAGGAAAGCCUGGAAGAGGAGCUGGCGGAGGAGCCAGGAAUUCCGAAGCCUGAUGAACAAGAGGAGCAGGACUCUGACCCCGUGUCAGUGUUUGGGGUCGAGUGCCCUUCCUUUUCCGAGGAAAUCCUCCAGUGCCUCAGCCUGCACGACCCCUCUGAGGGGGCUUUAGACAUCGACCUUCUGCCUGUGGUGUCUUCGCCGUACCUGGAUGUCCCCUGGGAUGGGAAGGCUCCGAGUCAGCAGGUUCUUACCCAGCUUGCACAGCUCACCAUCCCUAGCAACUUCACCGCGCUGUCCUUCUUCAUGGGCUUUAUGGAUUCCCACCGGGAUGUUAUUCCUGACUACGAAGUCCUCGUGGGCCCCCUGCACAGCCUCCUCAAGCAGAAGCCCGACUGGCAGUGGAACCAGGAGCAUGAGAAAUCCUUCCUGGCCCUGAAACGAGCCCUAGUGUGUGCCCUCUGCCUGUCAACCCCCAACCCCGACCUGCCCUUCUACCUGGAAGUGACCGUCAGCCAAGUGUCACUGACGGCCAGCCUGCAUCAGGAGCACUCAGGAAGGAAGCACCCCAUCGCCUAUACCUCGAAACCUCUCCUCCCCGAUGAGGACAGUGAGGGUCCUCAGUCAGGCGGGGACAGCCCCUAUGCCGUGGCUUGGGCCCUCAAGCACUUUUCCCGAUGCGUUGGAGACAAUCCAGUGGUCCUCCGUCUUUCUUAUGCCUCCCGGACCACGGUGGAUAACGAGGCCUGGGAUAGCCGUAGGGCUUCCAACGCAUGGUUGAUUCGAUGGUCUCUCUUGCUGCAGGACAAAGGCAAGAGGGAAUUGGAAUUGUCCCUUCUCCAGGGCCUGCUGGGGGAAAACCAGCUGCUGACGCCCGCUUCCUCGAUGCCCCGAGUUUUCCAGCUUCUGCCUCCUUCUUCUGACCUGUCUACUUUUAUCUGUGUCCAUGUGUCUGGCUAUUGCUUCUACCAUGACGACGAGUUGUGUGCUGGUUUUGGUCUCUACAUCUUGUCCCCGACCAGUCCUCCGGUCUCCCUGGCUUUUUCCUGUUCCCCUUAUACAUCCACAUACGCCCACCUGGCAGGCGUGGCCUGUGGCCUAGAGCGCUUCGGCCAAUCCCAGCUCCCAGUGGUGUUUGUUACCCACUGCAACUGGAUCUUCAGCGUCCUGUGGGAGUUCCUACCACUCUGGAAAGUCCGCGGCUUCCUGUCGUCGGACGGGGCCUCGCUACCUCAUCCAAGCCUGCUCUCCUACAUCAUAUCUCUCACAUCUGGCUUCUCAUCCCUUCCCUUCAUCUACCGAACCUCUUAUCGGGGCUCUCUGUUUGCCGUGACGGUGGACACUCUGGCCAAGCAGGGUGCCCAAGGGGGCGGGCAGUGGUGGGAUUUGCCAAAGGAUGUGCCAGUGCCCAUAGUGACUCCCCAUACUAAAGGCAGGAAGCCCAACCUGCUGGCCUUACAGAUGAGUGACAGUACCCUGGCCAAUAUCAUUGCCAAGCUGCAGGCAGGGCAAAAGUUGUCUGGGCCCUCCCCUUUCAGUUCUGCCUUUAACUCGCUCAGCCUGGACCAAGACAGCGGCCUGCUCAUGUUCAAGGCGGAAAAGCAUCCCAGGGUUUGGGUAGUCCCAAGGCAACUUCGGAGGGAUCUGAUCUUCUCUGUGCAUGACAGCCCCAUGGGGGAUCACCAGGGGCCAGAGGACACCUAUAAGACGUUGAGGCUGUUGGGUUGGUGGCCUGGGAUGCAGGAGCAUGUGAAGGAUUACUGCAGGAGCUGUUUGUUCUGCAUUCCCCGAAAUCUCAUAGGUGGGGAGUUGAAAGUUAUCGAGUCCCCAUGGCCUCUCAGGUCGACCGCUCCCUGGUCCAGCCUGCAGAUUGAGGUAGUAGGGCCAGUCACUGUAAGUGAGGAGGGUCACAAGCACGUGCUCAUCGUGGCCGACGCCAACACCCGGUGGGUGGAGGCGUUCCCUCUGAAGCCCUACACGCACGUGGCUGUGGCCCAGGUGUUGUUGCAGCAUGUGUUUGCAAGAUGGGGUGUCCCCAUGAGGCUGGAGGCAGCCCAAGGCCCCCAGUUUGCUCGUCAUGUUCUGGUGAGCUGUGGGCUGGCCCUAGGAGCCCAAGUGACUACACUGAGUAGGUCCCUUCAGUUCCCCUGUCUGAUGAGUUCAGAGGCCUACUGGGAAUUCAAGAGGGCCCUGAAGGAGUUCAUCUUCCUGUACGGCAAGAAGUGGGCAGCCUCUCUGCCCUUGCUGCACCUGGCUUUUAGGGCCUCCACCACGGAGGCCACACCAUUCCAGGUGCUGACUGGGGGUGAGAUGAGGCUGAUGGAGCCCUCCUGGUGGGAGAUGAGCCGGGCGAACAUCGAAGGGCUCAAGAUGGAUGCUUUCUUGCUUCAGCUGAUGCGGGAGCUGUUGGACCUCCAUUGGAGAGUGGCAGAAAAGGCCAGCGAGAAGGCUGAGAAUAGGCGUUUCAAGAGGGAGAGCCGGGAGAGCGAGUGGAGUGUGGGUGACCAAGUCCUCUUGCUGUCUCUCCCCAGGAAUGGCAGCAGUGCCAAAUGGAUGGGUCCUUUCUACAUUGGGGACCGCUUGAGCCUAUCGCUCUAUAGGGUGUGGGGCUUCCCAGUCCCAGACAAGCUGGGCUGUGUCUAUCCUAGCAGUCUAAUGAAGGCCUUUCCCAAGAAUGACACACCCCUGCCGCUUGACUUGGAGCAGUGAGUUAGAACGGUCGGGGAGCUGCCUGUUCUAGGGGGUCCCGCAUUUCUGCUGCUAGUCCUCCCCUCUGAUCUGAGCAGUGCUCUCAGCUCUUUGGGGGCCCCUUAGUUGUGCCUUUUGUGGAGAAGGUCCUUUGUAAAGCUUUGCUGAAUUGCCUUGACCUAGGGAAGAAUGUCCCUAGAAGACAUCCCCCGGUAGGGGUGUUUGGAGAAUGUGCCAAAGGUUGUCCUAUGUGGGCUCUGGAAGUUUUACACUUGGGAGCAAACGAGUUUCCUCAACAAGGUAGGCCAGGCUCACAGUCCUCCCCAAGUGCCGCCUUUUCCCUUUUUACACACUCAGGUGUGUAUUGGUGUGCACACCCCUCCCCAGUGUCUUAUACCCAACAUAUUACACUUAACAGUGUGGAUUUGGACCUGCCGGUGGGUAGGUAUCACGGCUCUCUCUCGUGGGAGUGCCUCCCCUUACACCGUGCAUUUGGCAAGCCUUUGCCCUUGGAGUUCUCGGUGGCACAGACACACCGGCAGCAAGAAGGUAGCCGUCCUCCAGUCAGCCUCCCUUGCCAGCACCGGGACAGCUGUUAAGGAAGGGUUGGAGCCUUCUGUGCCUCCAGGAUGGUGGCUCUGGGUGGGGGUUGAUCAGCCAUAAGUCACCUACCUGUUCCUAAGGGGAGGUGGAAGGGGAUGAAUUGGCCUACCUCAUUUGAUUCCAGUCAACAGAUGAUUCCCGACCCCUGCUGUGAUGGCAGUCACUUCACAGGAAUCAAGGGCCUUGAUACCAAGCAUGGCAACUGUGCUGGAAGAGCUGCUUCUGUUAGGUUCAGUGGUGCUCACAACUCUGCCUCAGGGGGAGGGCAUCUGACGUGGGUAGUUUGACACAUGGCUGGGCGCCGGGUGGCUUUUUCCUCUUGCACCUAUGACUCUUCUCACCCCCUGCCAAAGCUCACAACCCUCUCCUGCCUGCAGUGUACCCAUCUCCUUAGAUGGGACUGCUUUGUCCUGAUCAGCUGCAGUGCCUCUGUGUAGAGCUCCCUUACAGCUGGUGUGCAGAGCGAGCUCUCUCAGCAGGAGUGGGCCUCUCAUAAUCAUGAGGCUGAGAUUCUCAUUACCCUGCAUUCCUACACAGCCAAGCCAACAGGCUGGAGAGAAAGGCCAGCACCAGGCCACUCUGGCUUGGAGUCCUAGUAGCUCACUUCUUGAGGAGCCAAUCUGGUUUUCUAGCUGAGCUCAGGUUGCCAGAAUGCUGGGCCCUGAGGAGAAGUCACAUUGAGCCCGGCUUUCACAGCAGAGAAAAGAGGGAAAUGACUUGCCCACAGUCAUACAGCUGAGUUGUGGCUGAGCUGGGACCCGGAUGAACCGUCCUGAAUUCAAGUUCAGCACAACGGGUUCUAGCGACAUGUUUAAGCAUAGGAAUCCUUUUGGAUUUUGUACCUCUGUUCCCUUUGAUGCCAUUCCCUAACCCUUCUAGAUAACUACCUGGAUGCUGCUCUUCAGCCAAUCCAGCUGUCAGCCCUGCCCAGGAACGAAUGCUGGGUGCUCCCGGGAUGCUGAAAGGUUAGCUGUAGAAUUUUUACCAGGUACCGUUAUUUCUUCACAUUGCCUCACCUUUGUCUCUCCCCCACCCCUUCGUAUAGUAGUCAGCCUCACCCUCCCACCCCAGGGCUGUAUUCCAACCCCUCUUCCUGUUAAGUACAAGUUCCAUCAUACGCUCUUUCAAGUGAUUUUUAUUUUAUUUUUCAAUAAAUCAAUUUAAAAAUGGA